AGUUCAAUAGGAAAUAACGUUACUUAGCCGUAUUUAAUGCAUCCGUUGAAGCACUGAAACGCGUGUUUACUUGGUUGAAUUGGUUCAUUCAUGAUUCAAUUGCCAGAAAGUAAGACAGCUAAGACUGGCAUUAUCGAGAUCGAGACGUGCAAUCUUGAUGAAACAGAUACUUGAUCUUCGAAGCGCUCUUGAACCUAUUUUUUCGUACGAUACAGCUCGUUAUGAAUAUUUAAAGCGUGCUUCUAAAGGCAUUUAAUCGAAGCUCGUGGUCCAUGAAUACUGCUGGAGCACUCGUUGAAGCUGUACAGAAAAGGCGCUAUAUUCCGAGGCGAAUUCGAUUCUAAGAAUUGCUUCAACGAGGAACGUUUACGAAUGACAUAAAUAGCACCGAUUAUAAAGAAGGCAUCAAAGUUAAAUGGAAUAAUUAUGCUUCGAGUAAAAGUGGCAUGGGAAAAGUUCGAAAAAACGCGUCACGUCCGUUUCAGAAGCGAAUCGAAGGCCACAGAGUUCACCGACGUUCAUGAUCCAGCGACGAACGAGCUGUUAUGUCGCACGCCAAAGUGCACGAAAGAGGAAAUGGAGACAGCCGUGAAAAGUGCGAAGGGAGCGUAUGAGAAAUGGAAAAAUACCAGUGUAUUAACUAGACAAACGCUGAUGCUUAAAUAUCAAACUCUCAUACGCGAACAUUCGAAAGAAAUCGCAGAGAACAUGGUAAAGGAAAAUGGGAAAACAAUGGCUGAUGCUGAAGGCGACGUUCUUCGAGGACUUCAGGUCGUCGACGCGUGUACCGCAAUUCCUUGCCUGCAAAUGGGCGAGAGCACGCCAAACAUCGCCACAGAUAUGGAUAUCAUUUCCUACAAAGUUCCCCUUGGCGUAACUGCCUCCAUCUGUCCGUUCAAUUUCCCCGCGAUGAUACCUCUUUGGUCGUUUCCGGUCUCGGUCGCCUGUGGAAACGCCACGAUUCUCAAACCGUCCGAGCGUGUACCAGGAGCUUCGAUGAUCCUGGCUGAUCUAUUCACCAGAGCCGGUGCUCCACCAGGAUUGUUGAACGUUAUCCACGGUCAACACGCCGCUGUCGAUUUCAUCUGCGAGCAUCCCGAUAUCAAAGCAGUUUCUUUCGUUGGUUCCGAUCAAGCGGGAAAAUACAUUUACAGACAGAGCAGCGCGCAUGGAAAACGCGUGCAGUGCAACAUGGGUGCGAAGAAUCAUUGCGUGGUGCUGCCAGAUGCGAAUAAGAAUAAAACCCUUUCUCAAAUCGUGGGUGCUGCUUUCGGGGCUGCCGGCCAACGAUGCAUGGCGCUUUCUGUGGCAAUAUUCGUGGGUAAAUCGAAGGAUUGGGUGACAGAAUUGGUGGAAGCCGCAAAGAAAUUAAAGGUGAAUGCGGGACACGUACCUGGAACCGAUCUCGGACCCGUUAUAUCUCCGCGAUCUAAGAAGAGGAUAUGCGAUCUGAUCGAGACAGGGGUGAAAGAUGGUGCCACGUUGGCUCUCGACGGCAGAGGUCUCGUUGUCAGUGGUUUCGAAAAGGGAAAUUUCGUUGGACCAACCGUAUUGACAAACGUGAAGACCUCGAUGCAAUGUUACACGGAGGAAAUCUUUGGGCCCGUUCUUUCGUGUAUUUUCGCUGAUACUUUGGACGAAGCUAUCGACAUUAUUAACAAAUGUCCUUAUGGAAAUGGAACUGCUGUGUUUACGUCAAACGGUGCAACGGCUAGAGCAUUUGUAAAUAGAAUAGAGGCUGGUCAGGUUGGCGUAAACGUUCCUAUUCCAGUGCCGCUGCCCAUGUUUAGUUUCACCGGAAACAAGGGAUCUUUCUUAGGCGACAAUCAUUUUUACGGAAAGCACGGUAUAAAUUUCCACACGCAAGUAAAAACGAUAACGCAGCUGUGGAGAUCCGGAGACGCUGGUGAUAUCGCAUCCUCGACGGCUAUGCCAACCAUGCAGUAAACUAAAUGUUCCUCGAUUACAGUGAUACAAAGCGUUACAGUUGGAAAUCUUUCUGUAUACUCCAUACGAAAUUUUAUAAACAGAUGAAAUUUCUGUUUUAAAAAAGAUGACUUUCCAAUACUACUGUAACGUACAAUGUCUUCCAUUAGUCCGAAAUAACUUACUGUCGGAUAAAUCGAAAGAAAUACGCUUCCUAUUGUGUUUACUAUGUUUGUUUAUAUUUUGUAACAAAAUAAUAAAAUACCACCGAUGAAA